UUAUUUUGAAGGUUUUAAUUAUUACUAUACGAAAGUGAUGUCAUUAUUUGUGCUCCUGGUAGUAGGUGAGCACGAAUGAUUUAUGUAUAAUUGGUGCGCACCCAAACAAGCCAGUCCAACAUGGCGUCGUUGUCUUCACCUCUACGCCUUUGCCGGGGGAUCCUGAGGGAGAUACGAGCGAUUAAAGGGCCGGAAUACAAACAAUCUUUGGCAUACAAUUAUGUUUUAGAUCAAUUCCGUAAAAACCAGAUCACUGGGGAGAGAUAUUGUCGUGCUCAGGAGGAGGCCCUCCAUGCUUCGCACAGCUACCUCUGUCUGCUCACCUCCACCCGGCAACACAUUGCUCUCUACGACAUGUACCAUGGAAAAGGGCAGCGUGACACAGAGGAGAUGGCAGGAAUUGUGGGGCUCAGGCUGCCCACCCAGCCUGGAGGGAAGGGCUGGGAGAAGUGAGAGAAGGGAUGGGAGAAGACUCUCGUACAACAUCAGAGGGUUGUAAUCAUCACGCUGGACCUAAUGCAAUUUUGAUCUUUUACAAAACAGAGGAAGAGAUAAAGGCUGCAACGAACAAGGACUGUGAAUUGUGAUUAUACAAGGGAGGAUCAAAGCUAUUAGAAAUAUGUGAUUCCCAGCUUUCCCCACCACUUCUCACUUUGUCUGUCUUGAGACAAUGGCUGUAAUUUAAAAUCUUUGUAAAUACAAUGGGACAAAUUCUGCCAAUUAAAGUAUUAAUCACUUUUAUCGGGUCACCAUGACAUCGCACUUUUCUUGCAAUGUGUAUGCUGCUAAUUAUCUGCUAAUAAAACACAACCAAUUAAAUAAUGAUAUCCCUUUUAACCUCAAUUCAGCAAGGUUUACUUGGAGCAACGUAUGAUGUUCAGGUAAAGCACUAAUACUCGGCAGAUAAAACCGAUGCUAAUGAACUCAGUCGUAUGUAUAUUUUAAAGGACAUCAGGCAAUUAAAAUGUCUGGUUAAUUAAAAGAUUAAGCAUUACAAAGAGGGUAUGAUAAAUCAGAUGGAUGGAUCAUUGCGUGGCCUUUGAUAUUUUAAAUGUUUUGUUCUUCACUACCCUUAGGCCAGUGGUUUAAACCGUGUGAAGACCAGCCAACAGUGAAAUAAAGGUCUUAGAUAAUGCUAGGGCAUGCAACAUAAGAGAAGUAUAACAAUAUGCAUUAUUUUUGUCUCGUGGGUGUUUUAUAAGAGUAUUACCAGCACAAUGGAAAACAGCAGAUAUGAGUUGUAUUGCUUUGUACUGGCAGAUUAAUUUGUUUCAUUGUGUCCAUGGCAACUGGCAUUUCUACCAACUCCACUACAUUUUUCUCUGCAGUCUUUUGACAUUUUUUUAUAGGAGUAACAUGUAUUAGCUUCUGGGAACUGUUUUUUUUUCAUUCUUUGCCCUUUGCUGCUAUGUGUUCAUCCUGGAUUAUUGUUAAAAAAGAAAGCCUCGUUAACUGUG